AUGAAAGUUGGCAUCGCUUUCUGGUCGUUAAUGAGUACAGUUUGUAUAGUGGACACUCUAGGUGGGGCAGAGGACAUAAAAAGUAUCUUCAGAGCACUGUUUGAUAAUUACAGUACAGAGAUACGCCCCUGUUACAAUUACAGCCACGCCACUGAUGUGCAGAUCUAUCUCAGUGUCUCCACAGUUCUAGAAUUGGAUCUCAAGAGACAGAUUCUGAACUUUAUUGGAUUCUUUUCUUUUGCGUGGACUGAUGAACUGCUGCACUGGGACCCUGACAGCUUUCAUGGCAUUCAAGUCAUCGAGGUACCGCAGAACAAAAUAUGGAGGCCCGACAUUGCCAUUUAUAACUCAGUCAAUGACGUCAGUUACCUCGGCAAUGAAAAUGUCCUGGCCAGCAUCAGCUCCGUAGGUCUGGUACGUUGGGAACCAGCCGUCAACUUGGCUGUCACCUGCAAGGUUGACAUAACAAGAUUUCCAUUUGAUGAAAAUAUCUGUACUAUCAACUUAACUUCUUGGAUGCAUGAUAACUCUACGAUACAUCUAACGCCAGCAGAGGAGCCCAUCCUGCAGGACCAGAUGAUGCCCAAUGGUCAAUAUUGGGUGGAGGCCGCUGGCACCAUGGAAGUCUAUUCAAAUUAUUACGGGAAGUUCUAUAAGACGCUGGGCUUCAAGCUAAAAUUUUCUCGCCGUCCCAACUAUCUCAUUAUGACAUUUCUAGUUCCGGUCACUCUCCUCGGAGUCCUGUGUGUGGUUUCCUUUCUCCUGUCUCCCGAGGAACCGGAGAAAGUGUCAGUAGCCAUCACUGUCCUCUUGUCCUUCACUGUGUUCCUGGGUGUAGUGGACAAUGACCUACCAGAAACUUCGGACCAUAUGUGUUUGAUUGUGUCCUAUGUGGUGCUGCUUCUGGUGCUGUCUUUCCUCUCCGUGGCCGGCAAUGCUGUGGUAGUGGUCAUCCACAAACGUGACGUCAAAAGAGGCCAACACAGCCCUUUAGCAUUCCCCUCAGAGACCAACCUCCCUAGCUUGAGAAGGGACAAGAAAGACAACUCCGGUCUCAUCAUCUUCAACUGCGUAGUUCAAGGGAAAGUGGGUUUACCUCCCUUGCAGCCCCAAGACGCUCUGCAAGAGAAAAGCGAAGCAGACGACAAUGACUCGGUUGAUGAAAAGACCGAAGACAACGUGAAAGUGCCCAGGGCUUACAGACUCAACAAAUACUGCCUGAUACUGAAUAGUCUGGCGCUGAUGACUAUUAUAACGGUCUUCUCAAUAUUAAUGAUUCAUUAGUUAGUCUUUAUGUCGUAGUAUGGUCACUGCAAAUUUGUAAUUUGAUAUUAUCUGAUAAUAAUAAUAAUAAUAAUAAUAAUUAUUGUCCGUAUGGAAAUUUGUCUUACAAUUUGUGCAUUACACAAAACAAAAAAAAACAUAACUAUAAGAAACC